AUGUUCCGCCCCAGCGCUAGGCGGCUUGCAGCUGCCGCGGCCAAAGCUGCGGGAGCUCCCAGCUCUCAUACCCUCGGUGUGUCUCGAGCUCAAGGUGUCUCCAGAGGUUUGACAGGAGCUAUUGGAAAUACCCCUCUCAUCCGUCUAAAUCACCUCUCCGAGGAGACUGGCUGUGAGAUCCUCGGCAAGGCAGAGUUUAUGAACCCUGGUGGUUCCGUCAAGGACCGCGCAGCGCUGUACGUUGUUAAGGACGCCGAGGAGCGCGGUCUUCUCAAACCUGGAGGCACUGUCGUCGAAGGGACCGCAGGAAACACCGGUAUCGGUCUCGCCCAUGUGUGUCGUUCGCGUGGCUAUAAGCUCGUUAUAUACAUGCCAAACACCCAGUCUCAGGGCAAGAUCGAUCUUUUACGGCUCCUCGGCGCUGAGGUCUACCCUGUCCCUGCUGUCGCGUUCGAUAAUCCCGAGAACUACAACCACCAGGCCCGUCGACACGCUGAGCGACUCGACAACGCCGUUUGGACGAACCAAUUCGACAACACAGCCAAUCGCCGUGCGCAUAUCGAGACGACGGGCCCUGAGAUCUGGGCGCAGACAGAUGGUAAGGUUGACGCUUUCACAUGCGCCACUGGCACUGCUGGUACCCUAGCAGGUAUUACGAGGUAUCUGAAGGACGUCUCUGAUGGCCGAGUCAAGAGCUUCCUUGCCGACCCUCCUGGCAGUGUGCUUCAUUCUUAUGUGUCCUCCGGCGGCAAGCUUACCGAGCGCACGGGUUCCAGCAUCACCGAGGGUAUUGGACAAGGUCGCAUUACCGACAAUCUCCAGCCUGAUAUUGGCUUGGUGGACGGUUCGCUGCACAUUUCAGACGAGAAGAGCAUCGAAAUGGUCUACCGAUGCUUGGAUGAGGAGGGGUUGUACCUCGGCGCCAGCUCAUCUCUCAACGUUGUAGCUGCCAAGGAGGUCGCUGAGAAGCUGGGCAAAGGUCAUACUGUGGUCACUGUCCUCUGCGACGGUGCUUACAGAUACGCUGAUCGACUGUUCUCGCGAAAGUGGUUGACAGACAAGAAGCUUCUGGGCGCUAUUCCCAGCCACCUAGAGAAGUACAUCGUUUUGCCUUAG